AUGGGCGGGCGCUGCAGUCUCGCUUGCACAGUGCACCACCCCUUGCGAUAUGCGAUGCAAUUGCAGUCCGCGCCGUCGAGCCGACGCAACAACUCGUUCUCUGCGCCCGCUGUUCAUACCGGGAACGUUACGCGAUCUGUAACGAGCUACCAGGCUGCCAGCAACGCCGAGGAGAUUAUUAUGAAGCCUUUUAAUGAAAUUGAUAUC